AUUUCAAUGGACUAUCAAAUUUUGCUUCUUUUUAUCCUCACCCUUUUUCUUUCUCCUCCCCCCAAAUUCUUCAAUCUUCAUCAUCUUCAUCUUCUUCCUUCUUUUCUCUUUCUCUCUCCUCAAGAUUUUCAGGGAGAAAAUCCCUCUCUUUUCUUUCUUUCGUAGAUCUAAAGUCUUAAACACAACACUUUCCGCAAAUUUCGUUUCUUAAAGAUUCAAUUUUUGUUUUUUUUAUUUACUUCAGCGACUCUUUUUUCUUUCUCUCUCCUCAUUAUUGUAUCAUCGAUGUGCCAAUUUUUAGGCAAUGUCGUUUGAUGGUCGAUAAUUUCUUUCGUGUUUUUAUUAAGCAUCGCCGUUGAAUUUGAGUUUUAGGGUUUUGAUUUUAUUUUAAAUUUUUAUUUUUUUUAAGUGUUGUGCACUUUUCUCAACUCUAGUUUUCUCCAGCUGGAUCUGAUAAGAAGGGCAUUUUUUUUAAAUAGAUUUUCUAGGUUAUUAUCCGAAGUUUUUUUUUUUUUCUCAAGUUUUCUUCUUGAAUUAUAGCAAUUAUUUGGUGAACUAGUUGAUCUAAUUAAGGGGUUUUUUUUUGUUUCCUCUUAUUUCCUAAAGGGAAAAUUUUACUUGUAAAAAAAGUGGUAGUUUAGUGUUUUUAGAAUUGGAUUAGGAGAAAUAUAUUAAUUUCCUCUAAAUUUUAGUGGGGGGCAAGUUUAUUUUUUUUAUUUUUGUGUUUUUAAUCAUUUGGGCUUCAUCAAAUUACUGAGUUGGGUUAGUUUAAGGUGUGUUAGAGUGCUUUAUGAUGGAUCAUGUAAUUGGUGGGAAGUUUAAGCUUGGUCGUAAGAUUGGAAGUGGUUCAUUUGGGGAGCUUUACUUAGGUAUUAAUGUACAGACUGGGGAGGAAGUUGCUGUUAAGCUGGAAACUGUGAAGACAAAACAUCCUCAACUGCAUUAUGAGUCGAAAUUGUACAUGCUUCUUCAGGGAGGCACUGGUAUUCCCCAUCUGAAAUGGUUUGGAGUUGAAGGUGAAUACAAUGUUAUGGCUAUUGAUCUUCUUGGCCCUAGUUUGGAGGACUUAUUUAACUAUUGCACUCGCAAGUUCUCGCUGAAGACAGUUUUAAUGCUUGCUGAUCAAAUGAUUAAUAGAGUUGAAUUUAUGCAUUCAAGAGGUUUUCUUCAUCGAGAUAUAAAACCUGACAACUUCUUGAUGGGUCUUGGACGGAAGGCAAAUCAGGUGUAUGUCAUUGACUUUGGUCUUGCAAAAAAGUUCCGAGAUCUUCAAACACAUAAACACAUACCAUACAGAGAAAACAAGAAUCUGACAGGGACUGCUCGAUAUGCUAGUGUUAAUACACAUCUUGGUGUCGAACAAAGCAGAAGAGACGAUCUAGAGUCCCUUGGCUAUGUGCUCAUGUAUUUUCUGAGGGGAAGCCUUCCAUGGCAGGGCUUGAAAGCUGGAACUAAAAAGCAAAAGUAUGAUAAGAUAAGUGAAAAGAAAAUGCUUACACCCAUAGAGGGUCUUUGCAAAAAUUACCCCUCAGAAUUCACUUCAUACUUCCACUAUUGCCGGUCAUUGCGAUUUGAUGACAAGCCUGAUUACUCGUAUCUUAAGAGACUAUUCCGGGAUCUUUUUAUUCGAGAAGGUUACCAAUUUGACUAUGUAUUUGACUGGACAAUAUUGAAAUAUCCGCAAAUUGGUUCCAGCUCCAGACCACGGCAGCCAACUGCGAAACCAGCUUUAACUCCCGGACCUUCUGCUGAAAGAGCUGAAAAGACUUCAGUAGGACAAGAACUUCGGGAUAAAUUCUCUGGUGCAGUUGAGGCAUUUUCUAGAAGGAAUCAUACAGGCUCGGGUUUGCAAGGUGAUUCACGUCAUAGGUCAUUGGAUGAUCCAUCAUCCAAGGACUUGCAAGCUGAUCGUGAAAGAGGUCGCACUUCUCGGAAUGGGAGUAUUUCAAAGAGAGCAAUGGCAUCAAGUAGACCAAGCUCUUCUUGUGAGCCCACUGAUACCCGAUCAAGCAGGCUGCUGUCAAGCGGUGGUCGUGUCUCUACAACUCAAAGGAUUCAACCCGGUUAUGAGUCUAAGACAUCGGCUCUUGCCCGUGUUUCUGGUGCAAGACCUGGACGAGAUGAUACCCUGAGGAGCUUUGAGUUUCUAUCUAUUGGUACAGGGAGGAGAAAGUAGAAUCUGGAACUUGCUUGCAUUGUUUUUGGGCGCAUUAUGCUGCAUAAAGAAGAGAUGGAUCAAAGAUCUCAAGCCUACAUUUUAAAAGGUUUUCACCUGGGUUCUCUGAGAAAAUGUAAAUGAUCAGUUCAUAUCUGACACUCGAAAAGCUUAAUGGGUUAUUUCAUUUCCUUGCAAUGAUUGUGCUCUUCCAGAUCCUUUGGCCAUCAAAUAAUCAAAUGGCCCUGUAAUCCUCCCACGUACCGUCACGAGUGAAGAGGGAAAGGAAAAGGAAAUCACUCUAGAAAUUUGUCUAUAUGUUGAGACUUGGACGGUGAUGUUUGUGAUGACUACUAAUGAAUAAUUUUGGUGUAUGAUAUGAUGAGAGUCAUGAGACACUUUGGCACAGGACAAUAUGCUGUUUUAGAACUUUUUUAUGCUGAAACAGAUUUAUUAGUAUCGUUAAAUGUCAAAAGUAUAAUAUUCUUCAUCAAA